CACAACUUCAGAAGUAGCUGGUGGUGGAAGAAGAAGAGGAGGAGAAGAUAAACUAGGACUUGCGGCACUUCCACAAGACACUGGGAUGAUCAGAACCGUCUCUUUUGUGGCGCUCCUCUUACUCUCACUGGGCUCUUUGCUCUGCGAAGCCGCGGGCGACCCAUGCUGUUCCCAGCCGUGCCAGAACCGCGGCGUGUGCACGUCCGGAGGAGGCGACCAGUACGAGUGCGACUGCACGCGGACCGGCUACUACGGGCAGAACUGCAGCACCCCUGAAUUCUUCACAUGGAUCACGACUUCGCUGAAACCGACUCCCAACACGGUGCACUACAUCCUCACACACUUCAGAGGCUUCUGGAAUAUUGUCAACAACAUUCCCUUUCUGAGGGACAGCGUUAUGCGAUAUGUGUUGAUAUCCAGAUCUCAUUUGAUAGAUAGCCCUCCUACAUUCAACUCAGAUUAUGGUUACAAAAGCUGGGAAGCGUAUUCGAACCUCUCCUAUUACACAAGAACCCUUCCUCCAGUGCCCAAGGAUUGCCCAACACCUAUGGGAGUUGCAGGGAAGGAAGCCCUGCCUGAUGCUAAGCUAGUGGUGGAGAAGUUUCUUUUGAGAAGCAAGUUCAUCCCAGACCCACAGGGCACAAGCCUCAUGUUUGCCUUCUUUGCUCAGCAUUUCACUCAUCAGUUCUUUAAAUCUGACCUGAAGAAGGGGGCUGCUUUCACCAGAUCUUUAGGGCAUGGGGUGGACUUAAACCACAUUUAUGGAGAAACGUUGGAGAAGCAACACAAGCUUAGGCUUUUCAAAGAUGGCAAGCUAAAGUAUCAGGUACUGAAUGGGGAGAUUUAUCCUCCAACAGUAAAGGAUGUCCAAGUGGAGAUGCACUAUCCUCCUCAUGUUCCUGAGGAGCACCGUUUUGCAGUGGGUCAUGAAGCCUUUGGCCUGGUCCCAGGACUUAUGAUGUAUGCCACAAUCUGGCUGCGGGAGCACAAUCGAGUCUGUGAUGUGCUGAAGCAGGAGCAUCCCGGCUGGGAUGAUGAGCGCAUUUUCCAGACCACGAGGCUCAUUCUAAUUGGCGAGACCAUCAAGAUUGUGAUUGAGGAUUAUGUGCAGCACCUGAGUGGCUACCACUUCAAGCUUAAGUUUGACCCUGAGUUGCUCUUCAACCAGCGCUUCCAGUAUCAGAACCGAAUCUCAUCUGAAUUCAACACUCUUUACCACUGGCACCCCUUGAUGCCAGAUGAGUUCCACAUCGAGGGCCAGGUGUACAACUACCAGCAGUUCCUCUUUAACAACUCCAUCGUGUUAGAACAUGGCAUCAACAACCUAGUGGAAUCCUUCAGCAAGCAGAUUGCAGGCAGGGUUGCGGGUGGUCAUAACGUGCCGGCAGCUGUGGCUAUGGUGGCUACAAAGUCAGUUGAGCACAGCCGGGAGAUGCGUUAUCAGUCCCUGAAUAACUACAGAAAGCGCUUCAAUAUGAGGCCUUAUACAUCUUUUGAAGAAUUAACAGGAGAUAAAAAGAUGGCAUCGGAGCUAGAGGAAUUAUACGGCGAUAUUGAUGCGAUGGAGCUGUAUCCUGGUCUUCUUGUGGAGAAGCCAAGACCCAACGCCAUCUUUGGAGAGACCAUGGUAGAAAUGGGAGCUCCCUAUUCACUGAAAGGACUGAUGGGAAAUGCUAUAUGCUCUCCAGAGUAUUGGAAGCCAAGCACCUUCGGUGGGAAUGUCGGGUUUGAAAUUAUCAAAACAGCAUCGCUGAAAAAGCUGGUUUGUAACAAUGUUAAGGGACCUUGCCCAGUGGCAUCCUUUCAAGUGCCUGAUAUGAAAAACACUGUGUCAACCAUAAUCAACUCCAGUACAGCACAUUCUGCACAAAGUGACUUAAAACCAACUGUCAUACUGAAAGAACGAACAUCUGAGCUGUAACGCUAACAAAUGAACACUUACCGCUUGGGAAAAAUAUUUAUUUAUUAUUUAUUUAUUUAUUAACUAAUUUUAUUUAUUUAUGUAUUUAUUUAUUUAAUAGGUUAUAUGUGAUCAAGACAUCAGAAUAUGUUUUAUUGUAUUGUAAUGUUACAUGACAUUUAGCA